AUGGCGGAUUCGGCCGGACCGCCUGUGGCGAGUCUACAGCUGGCGAAGCCUCGCAGCAUGUUCCUCUGCGGCUCGCUGCCGGUCUGGCUAGACCGCGAGUUCACCACGCUCGAGUUCUCGCCGGGCAUAUCGCGAUCCUUCUUCAGCGAUAGGACUCCCGGCAUUCCCAAGGUGAUCCCUCCCCCAGCCCGACCGUCCCUGGACACCCAUCCCCCCGCAUGGCUGCACCGCGACAACAUCCUCCUGCCAGUCGACCGUCCCUCGGACCCUCCAGGUUCCACCUGGGGGGGGUCGUAUCUGCAGCACAGUGGCGCGCGCAAGUGCGAGGCGCUGGCGGUGAGGGGGCUGGCGGAGUUUGGGGAGGACGCGGUGGACGUGAUAGCGCCCGCAGACGUGCUCAAGCAGCUGUUUAAACUGCCCUUUUCCAAGGCGAGCCUCUUUGUCAGCGUGCACCGCGUUGGCCGCACCCUUGUUCUCAACCCAGGGUGCGACGUGCUGGCGGUGAGGGGGCUGGCGGAGUUUGGGGAGGACGCGGUGGACGUGAUAGCGCCCGCGGACGUGCUCAAGCAGCUGUUUAAACUGCCGUUUUCCAAGGCGAGCCUCUUUGUCAGCGUUCACCGCGUUGGCCGCACGCUCGUGCUCAACCCCGGGGGGCUGGCGGAGUUUGGGGAGGACGCAGUAGACGUGAUAGCGCCCGCGGACGUGCUCAAGCAGCUGUUUAAACUGCCCUUCUCCAAGGCGAGCCUCUUUGUCAGCGUGCACCGCGUUGGCCGCACCCUCGUGCUCAACCCCGGCUCCGAGCCUUGCUGUGUGGACUCCCACAACGUGCCUGGGUGUGUGGACUCCCACAAGGUCGCACGGACCUCCAGAGGGCAGCGCGAGGCGAUUCUACUCUCCAAGCUGCAGCAGGAGGAGCAAAGGCAGAUGGAUCGGCAGCAGCAACAACAGCAGCCCCAGCAGCAGCAGCAGCAGCAGCAGCCCCAGCAGCAGCAGCAGCAGCAGCAGCAGCAGCAGCAGCAGCAGCAGCAGCAGCAGCAGCAGCAGCAGCAGCAGCAGCAGCAGCAGCAGCAGCAACAACAGCAGCAUCACAUUUCUGAGGCAGCCCAAAAAUUUUGUACCGAUUUCGUGGGGGAUGCGGAAGGCGUGGUGCGAGUGGUGAAUGGCUUUAUUCCGUACCUCCUCUCCUCCUCACCCCGCCCCACACACAUGUCUAGAGCUCCCACGGCAUGGUGGGGUUGCCAGAGCUCGCCAUCUGCUACCACCGCAAGGGCUUCAUUUCGCCCUAUGAUGAACGCUCUCAACACUCCAGUUCCCCACCUCCUCCCUCUCCUCCUCGCUCUGCACACCUUCCCUCAGAGCUCCCCUCUCGUAUGGCUCGAUAUCUGGCUGGAUAACCUGAUGGCAGGGGUGCCGGAGCUCGCCAUCUGCUACCACCGGAUGUGCCUGACUCCCUGCUCCGUUCCCCCCCCCCCACACACACUCACAGGAUUCCCCUUUGACGCUUCCCAACGUGCCCUCUUCCCAUCCCACGCUCACUCACAGGAUUCUCCACUGGUAUGGCUCGAUAUCUGGCUGGAUAACCUGAUGGCGGGAGUGCCGGAAUUAGCCAUCUGCUACCACCGCAAGGGGGUCGUCCAGGGCUACGAGCUGCUGCACUGCGACGACGUGUUUCUGCUCAAGUGCCUGGCCAGGGACGGUUCAGCGUCGUUCUAUCCGCAUGCUGUGAGGGACAGUGCGCUCGCCAUCCUGGGGUUCCUGCAGGAGAAAUGUGCACGCAGCCCCGGCACCUACUGGCUUCGCAAGGAUGCAGGCACUGACGUGCUGCAGCUGUUCGACCUCACUCCACCUCUCCAGAACCCAUCUGCACCGCUCCGCCUCGCCCCAUCCCUCGCCACCCAUCCCUCUGCAACAGCAGCAACAUCCAGCCACGUCAGCAGGUCCUCUUCCCCCUCCUUGAACCCUUCACCCCUGGGAGAACCAUCAGGAGAGGCAGCAGGGGCAAGAGCGGGACGAGCAAGAGAUGCAGCAGUGGGGACAGCAGGGGAGGCAGCAGGGGGGCUAGCGGGGCGAGCAGGAGGGAACUCCCCGUUAUCUUCUCUCGAUCCGGCUGUAGCAGCGCAUCUCUCCCUGCCCCUCGCUAUGCUGCUCUACCGCCUGGCCCUUCACCUCUCCGACUCGCACGUGCCUCGGGAUCGCCACAGGACGGCGCAGCUGUUUGGGUACUGCCUGCAGCUGCUGCACCAGAAAGACCACCCGGUAAGCCCCUGCAUUCUACCAUCCCCCCGAGUGCCCCUCUCAGUAAGUGCAGCCCCAACCAGUAGGGCCUUCGAGCAACAGCCCAUGAGUACAUGGCUCGAUUCUUCCUGCAAAUCCCACAGGACGAGCUGCCAUCUCUCCUCCAACCCUCGCACCUCCACUCCCCCCUCCUGCCGCAACCACGGCUUCCCCACCCUCCCUUCCUCCUCUCAUCAACUCCCCAUACCGCCCCCCCGCACCCUCCCAUCCCCCGUCCCUCCCUCUUCCAUCCCUCUCUCCAACCGGCCCUCCCCCAUCCCUCCUCACUCCACCUCCCCUUUCUCCAACCACUGGAAGAGUCGUUGUUUUGGCCGCCCGUUUGUGCUCGACCCCAACGCCAACUACCAAUCAGCAGCCGAGUUUUACUCCCGGGCAGCCGCUGCGUUCUCGGCCAAUCACGACGCGACAAGCAAGCAGGCGGUUAUGAGGAAACGCGGAUGGGCUUGCAACGAGCGCGGCCGGUGGCUUCUCAACUCCCCUUCCUCCUCCUCUCCCUCCUCCUCUUCCUCCUCUUCCUCUGCCUCAUCUCCCCUACCACCUCCCACUACCCCACACGCCACUAUAGCAGCAGCACGGGCAGCACUGGUGGCGGCAGCAGAGGCCUUCUGGGAAGCGGGAGAUGCUUCCAACGCUGCUCUCGUGCUCUGCAAUCUCGGCCAUGGAGAACGGGCAGAUGCUGAGGUGCUUGCUGCUCCUGUUCUCAUGCUCUCUGAGCAAGCAGGUGCUUCUGGCAUGGGCUUUCGUGCUGCUUCUUCUGCUUCUGCUGCUUCUGCUCCUGCUGCUGGUGCGCCUGCUGCUGUUGGUGCUGGGAAUGCUGCGACAAGUGUUAACGGCGGUGAAAGCGGCUCUGCUGGUGCUGGUGCUGGUGCUGGUGCUGGUGCUGGUGCAGAGUUGCUGGGCAAGUUUGAGAGGGCGAGGCAGCGGUAUAUGCGGGCCCUGGGGUGGUAUGGGGAUGCUCGCAGGGAGCUGAUGAGGUGUGUGGGAGAAGGUAAGGCCGAUGGUGCUAUUGAUGGGAGUAAGGACGUAGCGGGAGGAGCAGGAGGAGCAGGGGGGGUAGGAGUAGGAGUAGGAGUAGGAGGAGGAGGAGGUAAGGGUGGCGUGGGGGUUGAGAGUGAGUCGGCAGCAGCGCGGGCGUAUGGGGUGGUGUGGAGCGAGGUGAAUCUCCAAUUCGCCCACACUUACCUAAGAGUCGGCAUGCUUAUGGCCGCUGCGGAACGCCUGGGCCUUCCAACAGCCGCAACUGGGAAUAGGAGAGAGAAUGCGGAUAGUUACGGUCGGUUCAGUGGAGGGAGGGUGGAGAACGAGGGAGGGGAUGCGGAUGGGGUGAGGAAGGGAGGGGGAGGGGAGGCAGGGGAGGGGAGUGAGGGGAGUGAGUUGGAGUGGGAGGUGAGAGGGUAUGUUUCGGCGAAGGACGCUUUGAGUAAGGCUCUGAUUCUGUAUGAGUCGCUAGGGGCGAGCAGGCAGCAAGAGACUGCCUUUGCUCACUUCCACCUUGCUGGUUACCACAGGGAUUGUGCCCUGCGUGCUGCUGCUGGUGAUGCUGCUGCUGCAGGAGCAGCAGCAGGGGGUGUGGCGGACUGGCAGCAGCAGCAGAAGCGUCUGGCAGCGUUAGCAGAGGUGCACUGGCACAAGGCAGUGUGCUUCUAUCAAGCGGAAGCGCAUCCAGACAUGUUUGUGACUAUAUGUAUGGAGAGGGCGGCGCUGGCGUGUGGUCUGGGCGGGCAGAAGCAGCAGUGGCAGAGUCACCUCGCGGCUCUAAGACACCUCAUGGCAGCAGAGGCUGCGCUAUCACCACCCCCAGGCCCCAGUUCCUCCCUGGUUCCCGAUUCCAAAACCACGGAGCACUCAAAGAAAGCUCACACCAAGGCUUCCCCUCUUUACAGUCACACGGCGGAGAGGCUGUGCCAUCUCGUACAGGCACACCUGAAGGCCUUGCUGGGCCUUGCCCUGUCUUCAUCUAGUUCAUCCCUCGGUGGGAAAAAGGCGGGUGAAGGUGCAGCAGCCUUAGGGUUGGGAAGAGGUGGAGAGGAGUUUGUGGGAGUGCUUCGAGAGGCUUACAGGCCUGCGUUACUGGCUCGGACCAACCCUCCAGCUCCGCCUCCAGCUAUCUACGGGCGAGCGAAGGGCGAUCACAGGUUCGGCGCCCUCUUCCCAGCACCAGCCUUCGCAGCAUCUCCCAUCGCCCCUCCUCCACCCACCAUCCCAUCCGCUCCUUCUGUCCCUCCAACACCUCCUUCUCCCCUUCCAGCCUCUGCCUUCCCUCCCCCUGCUGCUCCUGCUGCUGCCACUGCUCCUGCGCCUGGCGUUACUGAAUCUGGUGGCUUUCAAAGGAGGAGUAUGCAUGAACCUGGGGGCAGCAGCCACGUCGGAUGGGACCCGGCAAAUAGCAAGGCGCCAGCUGUCAAGCGCCAGAAGCAGUCCUUGAAUGAACAGUGUCAGGGCACGGAUGAACCGUUCCAAGGCAUGGAUGAACAGUACCAAGUCGUGGGUGAACAGUACAAAUCCGGAGAUGACCACAAAGGGAGGAGCCAUAGGGAGGACGGUGCGACAGAGGAGGCGGCAGGAUCUCUGAGGGAGAGGCUGAGGGAGAAGGAAGCAGCGAUGGAGGCGAUGCUGGCGAAGCUGCAAGAGGCAGAGAAACAGUUGAGGUGCCUUCACGAGCGAGAUUCGCAGUGCGCUGAUGCUGCUCCAGGCCAAGACAAAGCCCAGAUGGAUAGUAAGGACAUUGAGAUCGAGCGACUCACUGCGGAACUCUUGUUUAAAGAAGAGGAGAUGGAGCAGACUCGCAAGCAGCGAGAGGAGGAGGAGCGAAGGCGCCAAGCAGCAGAGGCCGAAGCGAGGGAGUUGAAGGAGAAAAUGGCAAGGGCUGGGACAGAAAGAGAGCCACGUGUGCAGGAGGAUCGUGUCGAGAUUUUGGAGCAGCCAAACGGGAAGGACAUGAAAGGCAUGUGUGACAGAGCACUGCCUGUUGGGAGUACCAUGAGAGUUGGCAAGUACGGUACAGCGAGCAUGGGAGGGGGAUCGGAGAAGAGGCAGGAGGAGCAGAGGCUGGAAAGGAGAGAGGGUGAGGGGAAGCAAGCAAGUGGAAGGAAGCAGGGGAAUGAUGACGUGGCAGUGAUGGAAGUUGACAGCGAUGAGGCAGGCGCUGACUCAGCGCAUGACCGCAGUGACUCAGCAUGCGGCUUCGAUGAGUCAAGGCCCUUGAUGCGUGACUCAGCAGAGCACAGUCGGUUUGUGGCAUCACAGCUGAUAGCGUACUGUCCUCGAGACUUUCUAUCCCUGGUUGCAGCGCCCACUGCCGCUCACUCCCCCCUAGCCAUUGUUGCAGCUGCCACUGCCACUCGCUGCCUUCCCGUCUAUGCGUCGUCCCGUUCCACUCUCUGCCUCCCUUACAUUGCAAGGACCACAGCCCCAGACGCAAACAUGCACUGUCGCACUGCCACACACGCACAGGCGCACAGUCCUGGCACGUCACGUCUUCUUUCCACUAACGAUGCAAGGGGAUCAGCAGCUGCGUUGGGAUGGAGAGGUGGAGAGGAGAUGUGGAGAGGGGGAGUGGAUGGGGAUGGGAGGUGCGCAGAUGUGCAGCGGCAACUGCAAGACGGCUUCUCGAAUCUCCUGAUUGGCAUCGACUCGCCUCACCACUUCUUCUCAACGCUGCUGGAUAUCGCCUGCUCGCAAGCUUCUGUACCUCAGGUAACACCUGUAUCCCAGAAUGACAGGAAGCGGAUAGGAGAAGGAGCACAGGAGGGCAGAUCAGACCAAGGUGCACAAGUGCGGGCCCCACCAGUGCGGCAAGGGGUCCUGACUGAAAGGAGAUCGCUGGUGCAUGGUGAGGGUGGUGAAGGGGAGGAAUCUGAGACGGACAAACCAUGGGAAGCGGGCAGAGUGAAAGGUGACUAUAACGAGAGGGUAAGGGUGGUAAAGGCGGUAGUGAAUUUGAUUCUGCUCCUCCUCCUCCCCCUCCCAUCGCAACUGCUGGAUAAGCACGUCCUGCUACAGUCACCACCAAUGCAACAACCCCUCCCUCUGGCACCCGCACCUCUCAUUGCAGUCACAAUUUCCGGGACACUGAGUGAUAAUAAGCACACAGCAGUGGUAUCUGCUGCUGCUUUCGCUGAGCUGCUGCUAGACGUCCUGUGCUCCCUCUUACAAGCCACUGCCUCUCAACCCCACCGCACAAUACAACUGUAUAACACGCAGAAAGCUUAUAAAGGGGACAGUGGGGAUGGGGCGAGGGGAUUCAAGGCUGCGUGUGGGAGGGAGAGGAGGGCCGUGGCGGAAGGUUACAGGAGUGCAUGUGGCGUUAUAGAAGUGCUGGGGUUGCUGUGUGGCUGGGCUGCUGGGAAAGGGAUGGAGGAUGGGAGUGGUUUGAGUGGAGAGGACGGGAGGAGCGGAAGCAGAGGGAGUGAGUGUGGGAGGAAGGAAGGCGAGGAGCAGGGAGGAUUGCAGAGGGUGAAGCAAGAGGAUCUGGAACGGAUGCUGGAGCAUGGGAAAGGAACUGGGCAGGAGGGCACAGGAGCGGCGAUAGCUCAGGUGCAGGAGAUGAAUGUGCAGAGUGACAGUGCUCUUGCUGCUGCCGCACGCAUCUCCAAGGCUAAAGCUACUGCCAAUGGCGCUGCGGAUUCAACAUGUGUUGCCAACGAUGCCGAAACUGCUGGUGCUGCUGCAGCGGGGAUGAGGAACGGGAGGGGCACCGGAGUGGUGGAGAGCGGUUGGGAGGUGAUGGCCCUCGUUCUGCCUCGCCUCUUUGACGUUCUGGCGACUGAAAUAGCGCGGGUGAGAGAGGCAGUUGAGGGAGUGGGGAUGGAUACAGCGGGGUUGGAGGGGGUAGGGGUGAACCCAGCGCACGUUCAGGUCGUUGGGGGCUCGGUUCGGUCACAGGUUCAGGUGGUUACAGGCUUGGUUCGGCUGCUCCGAGCGCUGGUGGUGCAAGCUGCUUCGCUCCCGCUCCCUGCUUCUCCUUGCUCCUCCCCGCAACGCCAAAGCAGCCGUGCUGCUAGUGGCAAUAAUGAGGCUGGCGCUGCUGAUACUGCUGGCGAUAGUGCUGUGGGCGCUACUGCUGCUGCUGCUGCUGCUUGUGCUAAUGCGGAAGGGUCUUCUAUUGCUGCUGCUGCUGCUGCUGCUGGGGCUAUCAACGGGCAGCAAGCAGCACAGCUGGGCAUGGGGAGGUCUGAGGCAUGUGUUGAGAACGCUCGUGCUGCACAGAAAACAAGUGUUGAGGUGUCUCACAAGCAGGAAUCAAGGCUAGCUGCGCUGGGAGGAGCACAGGCUCUGCUGCUGCACUGCUGCCAGCAGUGCGUCCUACUCAGCAUUGCACUUGCUGAGCUGGCGGAUAAGGCUGCUGAUGUUGUCACGCGGGAUGCUGAUGUGGCAGGAAGUAACUGCGAUGGUAAUGAUGACGAUGAAAAUGGGGAGGAGGAGAAAGAGGAGGAGGAAGAGGAGGAAGAGGAUAGUCAUAGUGAUGUUUCUGGAUGGGAAGCUUCUUGGAAGGAGUGUGUGGGAAGCAGCUUGGUCCCAGCGGCAGAGGGAGUGGGUGAUUUUCUGUCAGGGAGAGGGUGUGACAGCAUGGGAGGGGGGUGGGGUGGUGUAUGUGAUGCCUUGGCAGCAGCAGCUGAGAUGCUGAGAGGAAUCGUUGAGUGA